CUCACUUCAACUUCACCCAGCUUCUCUACAGACCACCACUGUCUCUAACUACAACCUUAAACACUCUACUUUCCUCUUUGUACAUCUCCUUAUUUCAUGUCUUCUAUUUUCAACUUAACCCAACAUUCUUGAAAACAAAAAAUGUCAGCAUUCUUGAAUGAUGAGUUGUCCAAGAAAACAUCAAUUUUUGGUUUACACUUAUGGGUAGUUGUUGGAAUUUGUGUUGGUGCAGCAAUAGUACUCAUACUCUUUCUUAUUUCACUUUGGUGCACUUCAAAACGUAACAAUAAUUCAAACAACAGUAACAAUCCCCAAAUUACUGAAAUCAAAGAGAUCCGAAUUGACCCAAAACCGGUUCUUGAUCCAAACCCACUUCCAGAACCCGAAAAAGAAACACCCCAGAGAAUCCAAAUUGAGAUUGGUAAUAAUAAAAAUGGGAAGAGUCAUUUGGUUAAACCUGAUCGGGUCGGGUCGGGUGGUGGGUCGGGUGUUGGGUCGGGUCAUGGGAGUGGGGAGCAGGGUGGUGGUGGGAUUAGUGGACCUGAGGUUUCACAUUUAGGGUGGGGUCAUUGGUAUACUUUGAGAGAGCUUGAGAUUGCUACUAAUUUUUUUGCUCAUGAGAAUGUUAUUGGUGAAGGUGGUUAUGGUAUUGUUUAUCGUGGUGUUAUGGAAGAUAAUAGUUAUGUUGCUGUUAAGAAUUUGCUUAAUAACAGGGGACAGGCAGAGAGGGAGUUUAAGGUUGAAGUGGAAGCAAUUGGUCGAGUUCGGCACAAGAAUUUGGUGAGGUUACUUGGUUACUGUGCUGAGGGAGCUCACAGGAUGCUUGUUUAUGAAUAUGUGGACAAUGGGAACUUGGAGCAGUGGCUCCACGGAGAUGUAGGGCCAUACAGCCCUCUUACAUGGGAAAUUCGGAUGAACAUAAUUCUUGGAACAGCAAAAGGGUUGACCUAUCUGCAUGAGGGCCUCGAACCCAAAGUAGUUCACCGUGACAUCAAGUCGAGCAAUAUUUUGAUUGAUAAGCAGUGGAAUUCAAAAGUAUCUGACUUUGGUUUAGCUAAGCUUUUAGGCUCAGAGAGGAGCUAUGUAACUACAAGGGUUAUGGGAACAUUCGGCUAUGUUGCUCCAGAAUAUGCUAGUACUGGCAUGUUGAAUGAUAGAAGUGAUGUUUAUAGUUUUGGAAUUCUUAUCAUGGAGAUUAUUUCUGGAAGGAAUCCUGUGGAUUAUAGCCGUGCUCCUGGAGAGGUCAAUCUGGUUGAUUGGCUUAAGACAAUGGUUUCUAACCGGAACUCUGAGGGUGUUCUGGAUCCCAAGUUGCGUGAGAAGCCUUCUUCUAGAGCACUAAAACGUGCCCUUUUGGUAGCAUUGCGUUGUGUAGACCCCAACGCUCAGAAAAGGCCAAAGAUGGGCCAUGUGAUACACAUGCUUGAGGCUGAUGAUUUUCCCUUCCGUGAUGAGCGAAGAGGUUCAAGAGAAAAUGGACGUCCACAUCAUGAUGGAAUGAAAGAGAGCGUAAUGGAUAAGCGCAUAAUUGAAUCAGGUGAUAGCAGUGGAUAUGAAAGUACUGUUCAAACCAAUCGAUCUUUGUUGACAAAGAAAGAAAUUGAUGAUGACGAGUAGCCUGGCCAAGUGGGCUAAAAGGUCAACUUAAAACUCUAGUUUCUUUUGCCUUUCACUUUGGAGCUGGCGAAUGUACAUACGAUUCACUUGUGCAAAUUCAGCACUCGCUUAGGUUUUGUAGAGUAGCUCUUUAUUGUUGUUGUAUGUAGUUGCUUGCAAUUUUGUUAAGAGCAUAGCUCUUUUUAUUAGUAUAUAAUUAAAUUUUCAUUUCACUCUUCUAGUUGGAUGCACUUUCCAAAUGAAAAGAAAUGAUUAAAUUAUAUUUCCACAAACUCAUGUAACAAUCUCCUUUUAAUUCCUUGUAUCAGUUAGGUCUUCAUGUGAGGAAAUGAUGAAAUUGAUAUGAGGAGAAAGUAGUAGUAGUAAGAUGUUGCCUAUGUUUUGCCUUGUAUGGAUUUUACCAUGUUCAAGAAAGUGAAUACACCAUCUGUUCCUUGUA